ACAAACCAGACCUGGGCCAUGGCAGGGUGUGGCUCACGUCAUAAAGUCCGCCGAUGGCCUGUGUCAGACAUCACUGGGCAUCAACACAAGACUGUGUUUCCUGACAAUUGUCACGCCAAUGCGAAAGAGUUUGUGUUCGUUGUUGGCGAUUCACAUCUCAGAUCUUUUGCUGAUGGAGUUGUGAACAUGCCAGAGGGUCGGCUGUCCUUUGGUUUUAUGGCCACACCUGGAGGAGAUGCAAAAGCGUUGCGUUUGGAGAUCUCCCAUCUUGGUGAUACUCCACGUACUCCAGAUGCAGUGUGCCUGCUUGCUCCAGGGAACAACAUGACCUCAAGUCGCACUAUUGAGGAGGCUGCCAGGGCUUUUGGGACUCUCCUCAGUGUUGCAUUGCAACACUGGCCAAACAAGGUGUUUGUGGUGGAUUUCCCCAUACGACAUGUACAUGCAACACUGGAAUACCAGAUUCUGCUAAAGCAGGAAUAUCACCGAGUUGCAGCAAAGAUGGGAGUGCGGUAUUUCUCAACAAAUGAUGUUUUCCAGCCAUCCAAAAGGCAUCUCUGGUGUCAGGAUUUGGUACACCUAAGUGAUGACAAAGGUAUGCCUCUCCUUGCGGACUUCAUUUGGAACACUUCAUACAGCAUCCUGCACACCCCUGUCAAUCCUGUGCCACUUAGAGUGCAUCCUACACUCAAACGAUGCUUCCACAAAAACAAGAAGAAGCAUGGUAGUUCAUCACAGCCACAGUGUGUUGCUCCAUCUCAGCGCUCAGCAACAUCCUAUCGGCCCUUUCCAGCUGUUAAAAUGAAGUAUGUCGACCAUGACCAAUGGACACACCUGCUGCCUACUGUUCCAGAUGUAAGGAUGCAGGUUCGGGACCGGCGUCAUUGUAUACGUCAGCAUGCUGCCAAAGGACUGUUUGUUGACAUACAGCAACGAAUUCUCAGUGGGGGUAGGAUGGAACGCAUCUUUGACACAUACGUCCUAUGUUACCCUUUGGGCUACCGCCAGAACGUCAAGCCUGUCCAUGAGCCAGCACCCAAGUCUGUGGCUGAGAAGAAAUCUCCGCACAUCAAAAAGCUAAGUGGUGCUGGUUCACGUCAUGUGGGUCGUAGGCCUCUGGUAGUAGUUGACAGGGUCAGAGAAGUUGUAGAACAGGAAGAUGUUAGGGACAAGGUAGUAAGGAAGAGAAAGAUGGGAAACAUACACACCACUGUUACACAGACAGAACAGAAGCAGGAGUUGCCUACUGAGAGAGUACUGAAACAGGAGUUGGCUAGUCAACUAGUACAGAAACAGAAGUUUGGUACAGAUGAAGGUACUUGGUACAGACCAGCCGCAGUACUCGCCAUAAAAAAGGCCAAGAACCACAUAAGAGGAGGUGUAGGUGGAGGCCACUCAAUAUUUGAGACAGCAAUUAGCAUAGCAGAGCAGCAUGGUAUCCAACUUAGAAGUGGCAAUCCAAACAAGGCCAAUGGUAAUUGCUUGUAUGAAUCUAUUAUUGAUAACAUAAAUGCAAGACAAUGUUUUGCAGAACAUUUGCCAGAAAGGCCUGAGCACUAUAGAAAGGUCUGGAAUACUGUAGGUGAACAGAAAAUUAAGGCAUCUCCAUACUAUCCAAACAUAUAUACAGAACAGCAGUGGAGAGAAGCAUGGCAAACUUUGCAAACAACUAACCAAUAUGACCUUGACUAUUUUGGUGAUAUGGCUAUCCUUAGUUGUGCUCAUACUACUAAGAAAGAUAUCCUUGUUUUCAACACACCUUGGAAAACAACAACUGCUCAAGCUCAUAGUCCAAUAUAUGUAAUAUCUGCAGAUGCAAUAGAUCCAGCAAAUGCAAGAGAUACUGAUGUUCCAUUGGUGUUGGCAUACAAUGGCCAUCAUUUUGAAAGCCUCAUUCCUGUUUCUAAUGUUGAUGUUAACAAAACAAUUGUUUUGGUGGAUGCAUAUAAGACUGGCACGUAUACGACUCCUAGGUCUUUAGCACAAAUGUUUCAGCUCAUUGGAAAUGAUUUACACAACACAGAAACAGAAUCUCCCACAACAAAUAAAACCAUAUGUACACAGGCCACAGAAAACCAGAAAAGAACAAACCUUGCAGCUACAACCAGUAAUGUGCAGAUUCAAAAUUAUGCUCCAAAAUCCCACAAUUUACAUGAAGGCAAUAAUACCAGCGACACCGUAGCCAUAACUUUGCCAGAUGUAUGCAACAGCUGUCAAAAGCCAUUUCAAACGCUGCUGGUACAUUUGCGCAGAUCAAAACAAUGUCAGUUACAUUACAACUUCCAAUCUUUGCAUCAAGAAGUAAUUGUGAAACACGCAGACCAACAACCUCUAUGGCAAGGUCCCAAACGUCAAAAACUGGAAAAACUGGAAAAACAUAACCAAACUGAGGUCAAUGUAGGCCUAAACCAUGUUGAACAACAACCUCUACCAUGUCAGAAAGCGAAAGAGACCACUCCAAUUGAAGCCACUGCAAUAAAGAUGAAAGUUACAAGGAAGAGACAGUUGCAGGGUAAUCCUGUAGAAGUCACAGGAACAAGAAGAACAGAUCUUCUCCAGAUUCAAAAUAUAGGUCCUAAAUCCCACAAUCUACACGAAGCCAAUAAUACCAGUGAUACCAUAACAAUGACUUCCCUAGAUGUAUGCAAGGGCUGUCAAAAGCCAUUUCAAAGGCUGAUGCUACAUUUGAGCAGGUCAGUACAAUGUCAGUUACAUUACAACAUGUCUGAGAGCAACCCAACAAUGCCUAGUCCAAGUGCAGAUGAAGUUGUUUUUGUCAACGAAAUGGAAAUCCCAUGUCUCACAUUCUCUCCUUUCACUAUGCAGCAAAAAAAAUCACUUUGUUCAAAAAUGAACAUCAUCCACAACUCACCUGAAUACGUUCAUACACAAGAACCAGUGCCAAGGAAUGUCCCAAUGAGUGAUCCUUGUGAGACAAAGGCUAUUGUAGGUGAUGGGAACUGCUUUUUCAGAGCGUUGUCAUUUUCCAUUAGUGCAACUGAAGGUCAUCACAGAAAAAUCCGACUAGCUGUGGUUAAACAUAUGCAAACAAACGCAUUACAGUACGCUCCUAUUCUCCGACAUGGAUAUUUUUCUGUUGAAAACUAUGUAAAAGCAUCACGCAUGAAAUAUGUUCACACUUGGGCAACUGAGGUGGAAAUACAAGCAGCUGCAGAUCUCUUCGGAGUUGAUGUUUUCACAUACAGUCACAACAAGUGGUUCAAGUAUUCCACAACAAAUGAAAAGACAAUUGACACAGCUAUAUACCUAAAACACUGCAACGCAUCUCAUUAUGAAGUAGUUACAUGCGUUAAGCAACACAAUUCUGACCUAUGCACUAAACUCUGCAAGAAAUCCAAUGACUGUCCACAGUCACAUCAGAUAAGCAGUUCUUCAAGUCGGCGUGAGCUUGACAGAAAAAUCAAGCAAUAUGAAGUGAACAAACAAUUCCGAGAUGCAAAAAAUAAAAGAGGAAUUCAAAGAUACAAUGAAGAUGAAAAAUACAAGAAAACUAUCAAACAACGCAGCAUAAACAAAUAUGCCACUGAUGCCCAACACCAAACAAAUGUCAAACAGUACAGUGCACAGAAAUAUGCCAUUGAUGCCCAACACCAGGCAAAUGUUAAACAGUACAGUGCACAGAAAUAUGCCACUGAUGCCCAACACCAGGCAAAUGUGAAACAAUACAGUGCACAGAAAUAUGCCACUGAUGAACAACAUCGUGCAAAUAAGAAAAAGUGCAGCAUACACAAAUAUGCCACUCAUGACCAACACCGUGCAAGUACAAAACAGUACAGCAUAGACAAAUAUGCUACCGAUGAACAACACAAGGAAAAUCUGAAACAGUGCAAUAUUACCAGAAGGAUUGAAUCAAAGAAACUAAGACAACAAAUGGACUACAUUGUUCAGCAAUUCAAAUCCAAGGUUAGCACUGGUCCCCAAUAUGUCUGCUGUGUAUGCCAUCGACAGUUGUUUAAACAUCAAGUCAUACAAUGUAAAAAAGACACAUAUGGAAAAAAAGGGAAUGCUACAGCUUCAUUGGCCAGUAAAUGCAUUACUGAAACAUACCUUCACAAAUGCGAAAGCACCUGCACAGAUCCUAAUAGUACACUGUGGAUUUGUUACACAUGUCACAGAAAACUUCUUGAUGGAAGAAUGCCUCCGGAAAGUGUUGCUAAUAAUUUGGUUUUGGAUCCCAUUCCACCACAUCUGAAGAACUUAAAUUCACUCGAACAACAUUUGAUUGCAGUAAACAUUCCUUUUAUGAAGAUGCUUGCUUUACCGAAAGGGGGACAAAAUGGUGUUCAUGGACCUGUCACGUGUGUACCAUCUAAUCUCCCUCAGAUUGCAAGUGUACUUCCAAGACCAGAGCAUGAUGAUUUGAUGAUCCGUGUCAAAUUAAAGAGAAAGUUAACAUACAAAGGCCACUAUGAAUAUCAAUAUGUUAACACUGCUGCUAUUCAUAAAGCUUUCUCGUACUUGAAACAACAUAACCCAUGGUACAAAGAUAUUACCUUCAACCACGAAUGGAUUAAUCCACUCAACAAAAUUCUACAACCCAACAACCCUCUGUCUUUUGACAAUGAAACCUGUGUUGAGAUUAAUACAGAAAACACUAAUGAUGAAGCAUCCACUGAAACAACACCAGAUGAUGAACACAUUGAUGAAUCAAUACAUGAUACACAGCAACAUGGAAUGUUCAACGAUACAUGUUUACAACCUGUCGAUAUUGUCCAAGAGGUGAUGGAUCAGCACUUCGAUGGAAUUUUGUCUCUGGCCCCAGCACAAGACAACAACCCAGUCAGAUUACUAACCAAUGAAGGCAAUGAAGCAAAAUGCUUCCCUGUUCUUUUCCCCAAAGGAACCGGUACUUUUAACGAUACCAGAGGAGAAAAGUUAACCAUAUGUAGAUAUUUCAAUAACCGCAUACUCAAUGCAGAUGGAAGAUUUGCAAAAAACCUGGACUACAUUUUUUAUGCACAAUAUUUAUCUGAGAUUAACCAAGUGGUCUCAAAUGUAUCUAUUGCACUGAGAAAAGGAUAUGACUCUGGCAGAAAAAUUACAUCAGACAUGCUAAUCAACGAAGAUUCACUUCAAAGAAUUCUCCAUUUUGACGAGGGAUACAAAUUCAUGAAACCUAUCAGAGGCACACCGGCUUUCUGGCAAAGUGUUCAGAAAGAUCUUUUUGCUAUGGUUAGACAGCUUGGAAUCCCAACAUGGUUUUGUUCCUUUUCUUCAGCUGACAUGCGAUGGAAAGAGACAUUACAAAUUUUCCUCCGGCUAGAAGGCAAACAUAUAAAUGCUGAUGAUCUGGACUGGUCAGAGAGAUGUGAUCUCUUGAGAAAGAAUCCCGUGACAGCUGCCAGAAUGUUUGAUCAUCGCUUUCAUUGUUUCCUUAAAGAUGUCAUCAUGUCACCAGCUCAACCAAUUGGAAAAAUUGUCGACUACUUCUACAGAGUGGAAUUUCAACAACGAGGUUCACCUCAUACACAUUGUCUGUUCUGGGUUGAAAAUGCACCGCAAGUUGAUAAAGCCGAUGAUGCUGAUGUUGUAGCAUUUAUCGAUCAAUAUGUGACAUGUGAAAUGCCACCUCUUGACGAUAAGGAAAUGCACGACAUUGUCUCUACUGUGCAACAGCACAGCAAAAGGCAUUCAAAGAGCUGCAGAAAAAACAAAACUGUCUGUCGCUUUAACUUCCCGCGGCCACCAUCAAAAAACACUUUCAUCACAAGGAAUAAAAUUUCUGAAGAAGAAAUGCCUAGUGAGCCUAACCAAACACAACCUCAACAACAAACCAAUCAUCCAAGGCUUUCAAUGGAACUUGCAGGACAGAUUAUGGAGAGGGUACGGCAAGUUGUCAUGAACACUGACAUAUCUUUUGAUUCUGCAGAUUCCCUCUUUGCAUCUAUUGGUAUAUGCCAGGAGCUGUUUGAAGCUGCAUAUAUACGCAUGACCAAAAAAACCAAUGUUGUUUUACAGAGAAAACCAUCUGAUGUUUGGGUAAAUCAGUAUAACACACAACUUCUCCGAUGCUGGAAUGCAAAUAUGGACAUUCAGUAUGUUGUUGACGCCUACUCUUGCAUUGUGUAUAUAAUAUCUUACAUAUCUAAGCAAGAGAGAGAAAUGGGAUUAUUGCUACAGCAAGCCCAAAAAGAGGCCUCAAAUAACAUUGAUGCUAAACUUGCCUUGCGGAAACUUGGCAGUGUUUACCUUCAUAACCGAGAAGUAUCUGCACAGGAGAGUAUAUACCGACUAACCAACAUGAGACUCAAAGAGGGAUCAAGAAAGGUUCAGUUCAUUCCAACUGGUCAACAUCCCAUCAAAAUGAGUCUUCCGCUUCAUCUUCUUCAGAAAAGACUCAACACUGAAAAUAACAGCAUAUGGAUGAACAGCAUCACAGACAAAUACAAAGGAAGACCAAAAACAGAAGCAUUUCCUGAAAUGUGUUUGGCAACCUUUGCAUCACAGUACAGAAUUCUGUCAAAAGCAGACAAGUCAUCACCUAACAGCAUAAAACUGGAUCAGGACUUAGGAUUUGUGAUGAAGAGGACACGCACAGAUGCUGCUGUUGUGCGUUAUGCCCGCUUCUCACGCACAAAAAAUCCUGAGAAAUAUUACCACAGUAUUCUACAGUUAUUCCUUCCGCAUUACAAUGAUUCUGAGUUGAAACCACCAAACUUCAACACAUUUGAAGACUUCUAUCACACAGGCUUUGUUCAAAUCAUCAACAGUGAACUUAAGGCUGUGAAAUUCCUGGUUGACACCAAUCAAAAACUCUUUGAAAAAGAAGCUGACGAAAUUGACAACGCUCAAGAACAUCUAAACAGAGAUGGACCACCAGAAGAUGCAUGGUCGCUAAUUUGCCCAGAAUCAGAAUUACAACGUCUACAGUGUUUGGAAGCAAUAACCAGUCAUGUAACAAACACAGAGGAAACUGAUGAAAUCCUUCCUGAUCUGCAACCAGAUAAAAGCAACACUUUCACUAUCGAACCUAGGUUCUGUGGGUUGCAAAAGGACACUGCAAUGUGUCUCCUACGGUCACUAAAUGAAAAACAGCUGCAAUUAUUUUACAAGAUUCGGCACUGGUGUUUACAAAAACUCAACAACGAAAACCCAGAUCCAUUUUAUGUAUUUAUCACUGGAGGAGCUGGCACAGGCAAGUCCCACCUGAUAAAAGCAAUCAAUUAUGAAGCAUCUCGUAUCUUGUCACAGCUAUCAGAAAACCCAGAUGACACGCAUGUCUUACUCACUGCUCCAACUGGUGUUGCUGCUUACAACAUUGAUGCGGCUACGAUACACAAUUGCUUUUCAAUUGGAAUAGAUGUCUCAUUACCAUAUCAACCACUUGCAGAAGAAAAAAUUAAUACUUUGAGAGCCAAACUCAACAAGAUCCAAAUACUGAUAAUUGAUGAAAUUUCAAUGGUUGAUCAUAAACUUCUUACGUAUAUUCACGGACGGUUAAGACAGAUCAAACAAACAGGUGACUAUUCCUCUUUUGGUAAAGUGUCCAUCAUUGCAGUAGGAGACCUAUAUCAAUUGCCACCAGUCAAAGGAAAACCCUUGUAUACACAACCAAGUGGUGUUAACUUAUGGCAAAAUCAUUUUGCUGUAACAGAACUCACAGAAAUAGUCAGACAGAAAGACACACACUUUGCACAGUUGCUAAAUCGCUUAAGAACACACAAGAAAAAGCAACCACUGCAACAACAAGAUAUCAACAUGCUGAAAAGUCGUGAGACGGGAGAAGGAGAAUUCAGUGAAGAUCUUCACAUUUAUGCAACAAACCAACAAGUUGACACUCAUAAUUUUCAGAUGUUGCACAAAAUGUGCCCUCAUACCACUUCCAUUGAAGCUCAAGAUUUUGACAGGGAUGCUAAAACUGGUCGCCUGAAAAGAAAAAUGACACACCAUCUCAAAGUUUACAAUACUUGUUUGGUAAAUACACUGCAUCUCGGCAUACAUGCACGUGUCAUGUUACUGAAAAACAUUGAUGUUUCAGAUGGACUUGCAAAUGGAGUCUUUGGAACAGUUUCUGACAUAUCUUACAACGAUGAUGACACUUUCCCAUCAAGGAUAUAUGUCACCUUCGAUGAUGAAAAAGUCGGACAAAUGGCUCGAAAUAAGAAACCAUCUUCCAAACCUGGACUGGAAAAAGCCACACCAAUUGAGCCUGAAGAGGACAAAAUAACAAACAGUGGUGGUGUGAGACGUCAGUUUGCUCUGAAGUUAGCUUGGGCUUGCACUGUUCACAAAGUGCAAGGUUUAACAGUGGAGAAAGCUGUUGUCUCUCUCAACAAAAUGUUUAGUUCUGGACAAGCAUAUGUAGCACUGAGUCGUGUAACAUCUCUUGAAGGACUCAUCAUCGAUGAUUUUAAAGCCACUGCUAUAUAUGCUAAUGACACAAUUCACACUUCAAUACAAAACAUGCCUGCAUUCAUUGAGCCACCACUUCAAUCCUUCAAUACAACUUACAGAAUCUUUCUGCACAAUGUUCAAGGACUUUCUGCUCAUAUCGAAGACAUUCGAUGUGAUCACAGAUAUUUUGCAGCUGAUGUCAUUUGUGUGACAGAAACAUGGCUACAACAACAACAUUCUACCCAAGACACUCAUCUCGACACCUUUUCAUUUCACAGCAAACCAAGGUGCCUUGCAUAUGAUGACACUGAACAUAUCUUCAUGGAACUAAAGAAACAGCAGCAUGGUGGUGUUGGACUUUAUUUUAAAAAUGAUGCAGACUGCAACAUCACCCAUUUGCCAUGUCUAAACAUUGAAUGUUUAACAUUCAGCAUAAAGUCACUGGAAGCAAACGUUGCCAUCCUCUACAGACCACCAUCUUACAGUUUGGUUACUUUCAGAACAAAACUGUUGCAUUUGAUUCAUCAUCUAGACACAUUCUUGGGAACCAAAAUAAUAAUGGGCGACUUCAAUGAAAAUCUCUUCAUUACACAAACUGUUCAAGAUUUCAUGCAGCAACAUGGAUACACCCAACUUGUUAAACAAGCAACGACUGAAAAGGCCACCUUAAUCGACCAUAUCUAUGUCAAAGAUAACACAGCUUAUCAAAUUGAUAUUCAAAUCAUGCAAACAUAUUUCAGUUUCCAUAACUGUAUUGUUAUGGAUGUUUUCCAGUAAAUCCGGUACAUUGAUUUAUUUGUCCCAGCCCAUCUGUGAAUAGGCCCUCCUCUCCGUGCACACUCAAAACGUGAUCAUGCACAGGAGGAAGAUUUGUUCUUGGCUUUUCCCCACAGACAACACAGCUGGUCUCAUUCCUGAAUACAAUCAAUCCACAGAUCACAAAUGGUUAGUCUCAUUAACACCUCUGCACACAUUUUUCCCUAACUGAUGCAUUCAACUUAACUCUCAUACGUUCCUCUCCCUAUGUUCUUAACAAAACACUGUCAAUCUCCAAGACCCAACUCUUCAAAUAAGUUAUUAGCAAGCAGGUAAAGACCCUAGCUAGUAAGGAUAGAUAUAACUUAACAUUAAAAUACAGCUGGCUUGUCAAGGUUAGCAGGCUGUAAACUGCCUGACUUGUUUACAUUUUGGACAGAUGUGGCAAGUGACUACACCUAUCCCUGUUUCAGUUACAGCACUUUCAACACAAGCAAUAUCGAAAGCGCUAUCCAAAAAUUUCUUCUAAUCAUGAAGACAUUUUGGGAUACAUUUUGAAAAUAGAAAACCAAUAUGCACCACAAUUAUAUCAACAAAUACCAUCUCUGGGCAAACAACACUAUAUUCUGUAAAUACAUUGCACUACUUGACCCCAUUUCCAGUAUGAACAUGAUUUCUUGACGAUGAACAGGGUAAGAGCAUCACGUUGAAAAGCACAACGAAUAAUUACGCAUUCUCUUUAUAUUACUGCACUUUCUGGUUUUCCUUUUUUCUUUCCUUUAUCCUCAGGUGAACACAGACCUCCGAAACCAGCUUCAAGGAACAACACCUGGCUGCCUACUUCAGCAUCUCCAUAAAUGGACCCCAUCUUGACGCCUUCCCAUAUGAUAGUGCAUUGGAAUAUGUUCCCACAAAGCCCCAUAAAAUAAGAUGUUGAAACAAACAGUGCACACUUUGCAACAGGUAGGCUGUGCAGCAGUCACUUAAAGUGUAGCAAUGCAGCACUCACUGUAUAUUUUCCCAUUUAUUUCACAAACUACCAAUUGGGCACUCACUGUAUAUACGCAUUCCAGUUCUUUCACACAAAUUACAGCUAUUAUAUAGACUUCC